GUCGAUAGAUAAAGAAUCACGAAAUCAUAAAGGAAGAAGGAAGUUGAAAAACAUCAUAAAUUCAUCGUUUUCUUGGCAUAAUACGCUCAUCAAAUGAAUAUAUUUUGUGACUUAUUUACAAUGAAGAGAUUCUCGAAUAGUUUGUCGUUGUUUGUGUGUGUUUCAUUUAUCUCUAUGGUCUCGUGUGACUAUGGGAUAUUGUUGGCAAGCGUGAAGUAUAAUGACUCGGCUGGCCACAAGUUCUGUUUGGCGUACAACCCAAGCUUUCAGGACCUACCAACCAAUCAGGAAGAAGCACCUGUCCACAAAAUGGCCGACCUCAUGUCAAGUUUUGGCUGUGAGGCAUCCUCGAUAUCUGUGCAGCUCGAGGACAAAGUGGUCGUUGUGAAGCGAGGCAAUUGUUCAUUCUCUGACAAAGCAUACAAUGUUUACAAUGACAAUGCGACGGCGAUGAUUGUCAUCAACAUGAAUGGAACGGUAUUUCCUCCUGGAGCGACAAAUCUCUCUGAUUACGCGAACAUCAACAUGACUGUUGCAAUGAUAACUAAGGAAGAUUACGACCAAUUAAAGUCACUUGGGCCAGACUUGAACCUGCAGUUAUUCCAAGCAACAGCCAGUCGUGUUGAUUAUAACCUGAUUCUCAUCUGGAUAAUGGCGGUGUUUACAAUCUUCAUCGGAGCAUAUUGGGCGGGAGUCAACAAACAUCAACAAUAUCUAAAGAACAAGUUGACGGCUGGUAUGCCGCGCCGAGAUGAAGAAGAGGGACCGGACACCUCUGAGGAAGUGGAAACACUGGAUGUCAGUCCACUGGCUGUCAUAUUCUUUGUCAUCUUGAUUAUCGGCAUGCUGUUGGCACUUUAUUUCUUUUAUGAUUAUUUGGUGUACGCAGUGAUUGGGCUCUUCUGUCUGGCCUCUUGCAUUGCUCUCCAUGGCUGCUUGAAGCCCGUGGUGGCCAAGAUUCCUAUCUGUACAAAACAGUUGCCUCCUAACAAGAUCCCAAUUCUCUCAUCUCGUCCUGAGAUCAGGAACAUUGUGCUGUUCUUCUGCUGUUCUGCUGUUGUGAUCUGGUGGGCGAUCGAGAGGAAGGCCGGAUAUGCCUGGGUGCUGCAGGAUUUCCUUGGGAUAGUAUUCUGUGUCCACAUGAUGAAGACAAUCCGACUUCCCAACCUGAAGGCGUGUACCAUCCUCCUCUUGUUGCUGUUCGUUUAUGAUAUCUUCUUCGUCUUCAUCACGCCUCUGAUCACCAAGGGCAAGCAGAGUAUCAUGGUUCAGGUGGCAACCGGCCAGGGCAGCACGACGGGAGAACAGCUCCCCAUGGUGUUGAAGGUACCGCGCUUCAUCAAGACCGAUAUUGCUCUUUGCCAUAUUCCUUACUCUCUGCUGGGAUUUGGAGAUGUCCUCGUACCUGGUCUCCUCAUCUCCUACAUCCAUGGCUUUGAUCUCAGAGUGCAGAGCAGAUGUCGCAUUUACUUCAUGGCGACUCUUGUUGCAUAUGGUCUCGGGCUCCUGGUGACGUUCUGUGCGCUCAUAUUUAUGGAGAUUGGCCAACCUGCCCUUCUCUACCUCGUCCCCUUCACCUUAAUCACAGUGUUCAGCAUCAGCAUAUAUCGGAGAGAAUUCAGAUUGAUAUGGAAAGGUGAAGCGGUCAUCAGAAAAUCUAAGGAUAAAGACUUGGACACAGCUGACAAUACAAUAAAUAACGAUGUACCGAUAGUAGUCGUGACAACCAAUGGAAUCACAGCAUCUAUGAACAACCGACGGCCUAGUCCAAGCAGCGAUGGGGAACCAGAAAAUGUCAGAUUGUUGAGUGACAGUACAUAAACUACCUGAAUUUAAAAUGGACUUGCCCAGUCUCUCUCAAAGUCACUCACUUGGGUCAUACUCAUCUUGUUUGAAAGGGUGACAGUGAGAUGGAAUUACCUGAAAUCUAAAAUGGUCUUUCCCAGUCUCCAUGUAAACUACUUACUUGGGUCAUGCUCAUUUUGUUUGAAGGGUGUAAGCAACAUUGAGCUUUAAUGCAGUUUCCAUGGUUUCAGGUGGGUAUUCUUAGGCCUGUUCAAUAAUGGGUCACCUGAAGUCAUGGAAACGUUAUACAGACCUUUUCUAUAGCGAGAGGUCGGUAUUUUUCAGGAUUCUGGAGUAAACCAGAAAAUAGCUGUGAUGAGAUCGACAGCCAUAUUUUUAUAUUUUUAUUCAGGAUGGGCAGAAGACAGCGGCCAAUAGGGCCAAGGUCGUCUGUUGGGAUUUGGGAUGAGGCAUUUUCUAUAUCGGGACGCGAGGAAGGUCUGCCCUUUUCUUCCUCAAUAGUCAUUAUGUGCUUCUGUGUUUUCCCACGGCGGAAUCACUAAGCGAAUAUGUUUCUUGUGGUAUGAUGAUAAGUUGAUGUGCAGUGUACUCGAGAUGUAAUGUACAGUGUACUCGAGAUGUAAUGUACAGUGUACUCGAGAUGUAAUGUACAGUGUACUCGAGAUGUAAUGCACCUACAUGUAAAUCUAUUUAUAUUGGAUUUAUUU